UCCGCUUCCAUCAGACAAGGACCUGCAACUUUAUCAAAUAUAUCAACACCUACGAUAUGUUGCUCUUUGGAUGUAAAUGCCCUCAACUACUGCAGGUUCUUUCUCCUAGGAGCGAGCAAGCAGGAAGGUCUCCUUGCUGUUCCGAACCUCGUAGAAUCGGCCCUGGUGGGCAUACCUUCUAGUGUCUGA